CGCCCACGUCUUCUGGAAGCACUUUGCGACCCACAGGGCACCACUGGAGCGGCCGCCGCUGCUGCUGUUGUUGUUGCCUGGGUCUGGUGCUGUGAUCCUGUUAUCGUCGCCGCCGCUGUUGGUUCAGUCUCGAACCGUCGGUAGUGCGUGCCCCGAUGAAUCCUGCGCGCUCCGACGCCAGCCCGUGCAGCUCCAAUGCGGAGUCCGAGUCCAAGGCGAUGAUCAUCGAUGGGCUGCACGGAGGCGGCUCCUCGGCCCACGUCAACGGGGACCGAUCUCACGUGGACUUCCCAGCGCUCAACGACCUCCUGCAGAACCUGGAGGACUACACACCCACGGUUCCAGAUGCAGUCACGGGAUAUUACCUUAAUCGUGCUGGAUUUGAGACUACAGAUCCCCGGAUAAUCCGUCUCAUCUCUCUUGCUGCGCAGAAGUUCAUUUCGGACAUCGCCAACGAUGCGCUGCAGCACUGUCGCAUGAAGGGCACCACCUCCACCACCUCGCGCAGCAAGAGCAAGGAGAAGAAGUGCACGCUGACCAUGGAUGAUCUCAUCCCGGCACUCGGCGACUACAAUAUCAACGUGAAGAAGCCUUGCUACUUCACUUAGAGACACAUGUCCAGGCCCACACCUUGCGAACAACGCCUUGUUUGUGUACUUCUGUUCUAUGUUGAAUUGUUUGAGCAGGAAUCUUAGCUUGGUGUUGCUAACUCACUGUCAGAAGCCUGGCAGAGCUGUGUUGUCUGAUUUAUUGAACUGCCAGUUGCGAUUGGGUUGGCUCAUUGAACUGGCUUGCAAGUUUCUGAAUUUUGGCCUGCAGAUGUCGGGUCAAUGAGUCAAUGUACCACUCGCUGUGCUCUUAACAAGUCUUCAUUGACGGAGGCUCACCGGCGGCAGGGAUUCGGUGUGAGAUCGGUGGUAAGUGCACCACGUUGGCCAGUGUUGUGGGAACCAUGUGAGUUGUUGAUGGCACGCAAGUUUUGUGAGGCGGUGUUGUGUCUGCGUGUGGUCGGUGAACUGAUGCUUGGCGUAGGUGAACAUUGCUACUCGCUCAGAACGUUAAACGAAACAUACAAAGGAAGGAGAGAUGGCUCCGCCGAAGGUAGUUGUCGGAGUUUUAUUGCGUUGGCUAGGAGAUGUAAACGAAGACCCACGUGUUGUAAACAUGAAAAUGCUACAUCGAUAUGAAUGACUCACAUCAAGUUCAAAUCAAGAUCGAUAUGAAUUUUUUAAACCCUCAUGUUUUAUGUUAUGAAAAUGAAAAAUGUGAAAAAUAAACAGUUGAUAAUGCAA